AUGCAAAAUGUGGAGACCAAGAAGAAGGAAACCGAGGAUGAUGUGAAACAAACCGAUUGGGAGGCGACCGACCAACAAGCUGAGAAGACCAGAGAGAAUAAAGGGGCUGCAAAAUCCAAGAAAUCUGGGGAGUUUACUUUAGAAACUUAUUCUCCUUCAAUUUAUGAUCUACCAAUUCCUUUUCCGCAAAGAUUAAAGAAAAAUAAAAUUGAUAAUCAGUUCUCUAAAUUUCUGAGUAUAUUUAAGCAAUUGCACAUUAAUAUUCCUCUCAUUGAAGCCUUAGAGAGAAUGCCUAAAUAUGCAAAAUUUUUGAAGGAUAUAUUAUCAAACAAGCAGAAGUUGGAGGAGCAUAUGAUUGUGAUGCUGACCGAGGAGAGCAGUACAAUUUUACAAAAGAAGCUGCCGCCUAAGUUGAAAGAUCCGGGGAGUUUCACAAUCCCUUGCACUAUAGGAAAUUCUUAUUUUGAUAAAGUUUUAUGUGACUUAGGGGCAAGUAUUAAUCUAAUGCCUCUCUCUGUUUUCAGGAAACUGGGUGUUGGAGAAGUAAAUCCAACCACCAUCUUUCUACAGUUGGCAGACAGAUCUAUAAAAUACCCGAGAGGACUCAUUGAGGAUGUACUAGUGAAAGUUGACAAGUUCAUCUUCCCCGCCGACUUCAUUGUACUUGAUAUAAAGGAGGACAAGGUGAUCCCUUUAAUACUUGGCAAUCCUUUUCUAGCGAUGAGGAGAACUUUAAUUGAUGUCUAG